CUUUGCUCCUCCCUGCUCCGCUGGUGAUAACGGGAAUGAUCUAAAACCUCAAACCAGAAACUCAGAAUUAAGAGAAAAAGUAAUGGCGGCAGCAAUAAUGGACUGCACAAACUGGGAUGAAGACGUCUACAGAGACUCCAUUUUGCAGCACCGGGAAACUCUUUGUCGGACCGUUUUCCGAACCGCCUUCGCCCCAAACCCUGGUAAUUCUAACUCAAAUCCUGACGUCAUCGUCACGGCCUGCAGCGACGGCUCCAUCGCCUCUUACUCCAUCUCUUCUUGCCUCGGUUUGGGUUUUGGGAAUGCUAGAGCUGCUCACAAUUUGUUGGUAGCGGAACCUAAUUUUUUGAUCCAAGGACAUGAAGGCCCUGCUUAUGAUGUUAAAUUUUACGGCCAUGGCGAGGAUUCUUUAUUACUAAGUUGCGGGGAUGAUGGUCGAAUUCGAGGGUGGAAAUGGAAAGAAAUAGCAGAUUUUGAUGUGCCCGGGCAAGGGGGAAAUAUGCAGCCAGUUAUUGACUUCGUUAAUCCUCAGCACAAAGGUCCGUGGAGCGCACUUUCUCCAAUCCCAGAGAACAAUGCUGUUGCUGUUGACACUCAGAAUGGAUCUAUUUUUGCCGCUGCUGGUGACUCUUGUGCAUAUUGCUGGGAUUUGGAGAAGUCUAAAAUCAAAACAGUUUUCAGGGGUCACUCCGGCUAUCUGCAUUGCAUUGUUGCCCAAAGCUCUCACAGUCAGAUAAUCACUGGCUCAGAGGAUGGGACAAUACGAAUAUGGGACUGCAAAAGUGGGAAGUGUGUAGAAAGAAUUAAUCCAGGGAAGGAUAAGUCUUUGAAAGACGCCUCUCCAGAUAUCAGUUGCAUUGCUCUCGAUGAUAGUGAGAGCUGGUUGGCUUGUGGGAGUGGUAGGUCAUUAUCUCUUUGGAAUCUUCUUGCUUGCGAGUGUGUGUCAAGGAUGAGCACAAAUGCUUCUGUACAGGAUGUUUCAUUUGACAAUAACCAAAUAUUAGCAGUUGGAACAGAACCAGUGGUCAGCCGGUUUGACAUGAAUGGAGAUACUAUUUCCAAGAUACAAUGUGCUCCACAGUCUUCAUUUUCUGUCUCUUUACAUUCUUCUGGGGUUGUCGCUGUGGCUGGUUAUGGAGCAUUAGUGGAUAUCAUCUCGCAGUUUGGGAGCCACUUGUGUACAUUCCGGUGCAGAGGGCUUUGCUUCUUGUGUGAUUCCUUGUACAUUUCAGUGUUUGUGCUGUGCCUAACUUUUGAAAAAUUGGCAGUCAUGGCAGGUGUGGCAACAGAUGGAUCACAGUUUGAUGCUCGCCGAUAUGAUACCAAAAUGAGUGAUUUGCUUUCGGCUGAUGGACAAGAUUUCUUUACAUCAUAUGAUGAGGUCUGGGACAGCUUUGAUGGUAUGGGUUUGCAGGAGAACCUCUUGAGGGGCAUCUAUGCAUAUGGAUUUGAAAAACCCUCUGCUAUUCAACAAAGGGGAAUUGUUCCUUUCUGCAAAGGUCUUGACGUUAUUCAACAGGCUCAAUCUGGAACUGGGAAAACUGCUACUUUCUGCUCUGGUGUCCUUCAACAGCUAGACUAUGGACUAGUUCAAAGCCAGGCUUUGGUUUUGGCACCUACUCGUGAGCUUGCACAGCAAAUUGAGAAGGUUAUGCGAGCGCUCGGAGACUACCUUGGGGUAAAGGUGCAUGCUUGCGUAGGAGGAACCAGCGUCCGUGAGGACCAACGCAUUUUGGCCUCUGGAGUUCAUGUCGUUGUUGGAACUCCUGGGCGUGUAUUUGACAUGCUGCAAAGACGGUCCCUUAGACCUGACCAUCUUAAAAUGUUUGUGUUGGAUGAGGCCGAUGAAAUGCUUUCUCGAGGUUUCAAGGAUCAGAUCUAUAACAUUUUCCAACUUCUGCCUUCAAAAGUCCAAGUUGGAGUUUUCUCCGCAACAAUGCCUCCUGAAGCGCUCGAGAUAACGAGGAAAUUCAUGAAUAAACCUGUUAGGAUCCUUGUCAAACGUGAUGAGCUCACACUGGAGGGCAUAAAGCAGUUCUUUGUGAACGUUGAAAAGGAAGAAUGGAAGCUCGAGACGCUUUGCGAUCUGUACGAGACCUUAGCCAUCACUCAGAGUGUAAUCUUCGUGAACACUCGAAGAAAGGUCGACUGGUUGACUGACAAGAUGCGUAGCCGGGAUCAUACGGUCUCUGCCACUCACGGUGACAUGGAUCAGAACACUAGAGACAUAAUAAUGCGCGAGUUCCGUUCUGGUUCAUCUCGUGUUCUUAUUACCACGGAUCUUUUGGCUCGAGGCAUCGAUGUCCAACAAGUUUCCCUUGUCAUAAACUAUGAUCUUCCGACGCAGCCUGAGAACUACCUGCACCGCAUUGGACGCAGUGGACGGUUUGGGAGGAAAGGUGUUGCCAUCAACUUCGUGAUGAGAGACGAUGAAAGAAUGCUCUCUGACAUUCAAAGGUUUUACAACGUAGUAAUUGAGGAGCUGCCAUCAAACGUUGCGGAUCUUCUCUGAAAAAACUCGUUUAGUUGAGGAGCUGCAAAAGUUUUCUAAUUGUUCUGACAAUUUUCUUUGGGUUUUAUAUA